AUGCCACUUUGUAUUCCUGAAUUAAUAUUAACAUUUGCUGCAAUGAUAUUAGAAAUUUUAUAGUUGUGUUUAUUUGAUAGAAGAAUACCUGAAAGCAUAGCAUCUCCUAAUCUUAAAGGUAGAGAGAGUCCUUCUAAAUCAAAUAAUUUUAUUUUGAAUUUUGGAUUUGAUAAAGAAGAAAAUAUGGAAAAACAUGUUUUAGAUACUGAAAAUAUUAGAAUUAAUAGAAAAAAUGUAAUUUAAUUUAUUUAAUUUAGGAACAAUUAAAAUUAUAUAAUGAAUGA